UGCUUAUACUGUGUUCUUGUGCAAACAGUACUGUCAUCUUUUGAUGAAGCACUGAGACAUGUUAUUCUCCUUAAAGAUACUUGGAAAUUGUUCUACUGUGUGGAUUGUGACUGAAAUUAACCGAGCAGCAUCAGAGAAAGAGGCCUGGGAGAUCCUGGAAAGUGUCAGUAGUCUGAUUGGAAAUGGUGGCAAAUGUCAGCAAAUUCAUUUUAUCUGCACCAAGUCUGAUCUUCUUGAUGAUUCAGAUGAUCUUUCAUCAGCUGAUGUCCAUGAUCUAAUCACUGAAAGAAAUGUGCAAGCCACGGAUGCAAUAAAGAAAGAAUUCAACAAGCAAAGCAAAAUUAGGAAACACUUCACUGAUGACAGUUUCAAAGUGUUCACAGUGAGCUCCAAAGAGUUCCUAAAAGAAAACUACUUAAGUCCAGAAGAAACUGAAAUACCCAAACUUCAGAGAUAUAUGCAAGAUCUCAAUGACUGUCACUCAGAGACAGUAAACUAUGUGACUCGAGCUCACAGGAUUCUGUCUUUGAUUCAAGGAGCCAUCUCCAGAGGAGUGGUAAGGUCAAGUAAAAGAUACACGACAACAUUCUCUUACAUGUCUCUGCUCAUAGACUCACAGCUCAACUGCCAACUUGACAAGAAAAAUACAUGUUUACACCUUAUCACAUUAUUGAACGAUUUUCAUAUUCUUUCUAUACUAAUCACUUACUUUGAUCAAUCAGUGCAAGAGCACUCCUGAGUCACUCUUAUAGACACUUUUCU